AUGUCACGGUUCUUUUUGCUCACUGUUGCGUUAAUCCACUCCUGCUUGUAUCUAACCAGUGGUCAUCCGCUUCGCGAAGCUCGUUGGGAAUUGAUACCGGAUGGAAAUGGAUUUUUUCAGUUGGUGAAUAUUGCUGCCUACACUGUCCCCGAAGAUGAUUCAGUGCAACCGUUGUUCAAUCCGACCGAAGACAUCAUCUAUCGGCUAUUUACACGCAGCAACCCAACGGAGGCGCAGAUCCUGACGGACGAGGCAUCAAUUCAGGAUAGUUAUUUUAAUCCGGAACAUCCAACUAGAUUCACGAUCCAUGGAUGGAACAAUGAUGGAAGUCAUUUUAUGAAUCAGGAAAUCCGAGAUGAAUUCUUACGAGUCGGAGAUUUUAACAUCAUUACGGUCGAUUGGGGAGUGGGAGCGAUUACUAAUUAUAUCUCAGCUAGACUGAAUGUUGGCCCAGCAGGCCAAGGAGUUUCUGGUUUUAUCGACAUUUUAAAAGCAGCGACUGGAAUUUCGCCAGAUAGUAUAUAUAUUAUUGGAUUCAGCUUGGGAGCACACGUUGCUGGUAACGCUGGAAAGGGUCAGGAAGGAUUGGUGAAUACCAUCAUAGCGCUUGAUCCUGCGGGUCCGUUAUUUUCGCCGGGACAGGACACCGCUGUUUCUCCGACAGAUGGACUGUACGUGGAAACUAUAAUGACUAACGCGGGACUGUUGGGUAUUGAUACAAUACUAGGACAAGCGAACUUCUUCCCGAAUGGCGGACGCAUACAACCGGGCUGUGGUGAAGAUACUGGAGGCAGUUGCGCUCACGGCCGAGCACCCCAGUUCUAUGCGGAGUCCAUCAGUUCAUCGACACCGUUCAGAGCUACCAGAUGUGCGAAUCAUGACGAGAUUAUUGGAGGAAUUUGCACGCCCAGUGGCGAUGAUGCUAACAUGGGAGGUCAGCCAUCCAAUUAUGGAAAGGGGGUGAAUGGAAUCUUUUAUCUUAGUACAUAUUCGGAAUCACCGUUUGCAAUGGGAUAG